ACAAAUGAGGGAGGCAGAAAGAGGGAGGGGGGUCAGGGGGCAGGACGAGGUAAGAAUGGCUGACUCCAGUAGGGAGGGGAGAAUGGUACAAGCAACGGGAGCACAGGAAGUAGGAAGGAAUACUAAUGUUUCUAUGUUAUCCCCACAGAGCACCGAAAAGGAGGUAUGCCCACCGGAACGAGCACAGCAGCAGGAGCCAACGGAAGUACCCAGCAGCAAUGCGGGGGAAAAUGUUGUGGUAGCAGAAACAACCCCAGUAAGAGAACUGGAAACAGGAGCUGCAAAACAGGUGGCAGCAACUGGUGCAGCAAGCGGUGACCAAGGGGCAAAGCAAGGUAAGAAACUAUUGUGCUUGAACAGUAAUGUGUCAGAUAGUUCAUCUGAGUUUGACUCGGAAGAUGAGAAUGUAAAAGGGGAAGGGGAGAAGCGGAUAUUAAAGAUAGUAAGGAAAAUAUAUGCAAAGCAAGGAAAAGGGGCAAGGAAGGGGCUAACAGAGCAAGAGCAGGAGGAGACAGGAGAGGUGUUUAACGGGGAUGACGAGGUAACGGGAACAUUGUUAAUGCCACUAACAACGCAUUUAAAAGCAAAGAUAAUUGCCAGGGCGCAGAAAGGGAAAUAUGUGGACAUAUUCGAAAUUACUAGGGAGGCAGCGGCUGUUAAAUCUAGGGGCGAAGAUGGUAAAGGGAAGAAGGGGAAGCAAACAUUUAUAGAAUGGGUAAAAGGGAUACUUAUAUACGCAGAGUGUUUUUUAACUGCCAACCCGGGGAAAGUGAAGGGCAUGUUGAGGUACAUCCAUUUCAUUGCAGAAUGUUACACGACAUAUGGGGGGUUUGCGUGGAAGGACUACGACACAGAGUUUAGGAAGGGUAACUUGCAAUUAGGAGACAAAGGAAGGAGGGACUUUGGUAUAAAGAUAUUAGACCUAUACACCAGGGUAAUGAGGGUACAGGAUGGGCCCCACGGGGUGCGGGGCGCAUCGUUUAAUACAAAUAAGAGCGGGAGAACUGAAAACAAAGAGUGCUGGGCAUACAAUGAGAAAAAGUGCGAUAGGGGGGGCGCAUGCAGGUUCAGGCACAUUUGCAGAUACUGUGGUGGGGCGCACCCUGGGGUAGACUGCAGAAAGAAUGGGGGUAACUUCGGGUAUGGGAAGCAGUCCUUUCGGAGCCAAGGAAACGCGGGUGGAGGACAAAUUGGGGGGAUUGGCGCCAACCCCUCUGAGAAUAGAUAGACUGGUUCGCGAGUUGCAAGCAUACCCUAUCAUAGAGGAUAGAGAUGUAUUAAUUGAAGGGUUAAGUAAAGGUUUUACAGUCCCAGUAAAAGGGGUGGUAGCGGGUGCGAUGAAAGCUAGAAACCUGAAAUCAGCAGCGGAACUCCCGGGGGUACUGAAGGAGAAGCUAGGGAAGGAGGUAGAAUGUGGGAGGAUGGCGGGACCAUUCGCAGAAAAGCGAAUAGCAGAGCUAAUUAUUUCACCCCUGGGGGUGGUGCCCAAGAAGGAGGAAGGGAAAUAUCGCAUGAUACAUCACUUAUCAUACCCAAAGGGUAGGUCGGUAAAUGAUGCUAUCGAUAAAGCAGAGGCAGCGGUGCAGUACCAAUCGUUUGACAGCGCAGUGCAGUUGGUAAGGAAUGCGGGGAGAGGGGCCAUGAUGGCAAAAAUAGACAUUGAAUCGGCUUUUCGGCUACUGCCGCUUAAUCCUGAUAGUUUUAAACUGAUGGGGUGCAAAUUCGAAGGGCAGUUCUACGUGGAUAAAUGCCUUCCAAUGGGGUGCUCGAUAUCAUGCUCAUUUUUCGAGAAGUUUAGCACUUUUCUGCACUGGUUAGCGGUUGCAAGGCAAAAGAGGGACUCAAUAGUCCACUACCUGGAUGAUUUCAUGGUAGUAGGGAGGGCGGGCACUGACAGGUGUGAAUGCAUGAAGAAGGGGCUGAUAGGUUUGUUCGAAGAGAUGGGAGUCCCGGUGGCAGACAAAAAGACGGAGGGCCCUUGCGCGAGACUCGCUUUCCUAGGCAUAACAAUAGAUUCGCUGAAAGGGCAAUGUGAACUACCCGAGGAUAAGGUAGAAAAAGCUAGGGAGAUGAUAGCAUGGAUGGCAACGCGUAAAAAAGUAACACUAAGGGAGAUGCAGAAAACUUUGGGGGUGUUAAACUUUGCAUGUAAGGUAAUACCAAUAGGGAGGAUUUUCAAAAGGCGAUUGGAAAUCAGCACAAGGGGCGCAAAAAAGCCGGAGCAUAUGAUUAGGGUAACAAAGGAGAUGAGGGACGACCUGAAAGUAUGGGACCAGUUUUUGCAGGAAUUCAAUGGGGUGCGCAUAUGGCAGGAGGUGGCGCCCGCGGUAGAUUUCGAGCUAUACACGGACGCGGCAGGGGGAAAGGGUUAUGGAGCAUAUUUCCAAGGGAGGUGGUGCGCAGGAGAAUGGCCAGAGAGCUGGAAGGAAAUGGGGUGGAUUAAGAAUUUGGUGCUGCUGGAACUAUUUCCCAUAGUGGUGGCCAUGGAGCUAUGGGGCGGGGAGCUAGCGAAUAGGACAAUAAUAUGCUGGUCCGACAACAUGGGGGUGGUCGAAAUCAUCAAUCAGCUAUCAGCAUCAUCAAUGCCAGUAGUUAAGUACCUAAGGUACUUGGUUCUGAAAUGUUUAAAACAUAAUAUAUGUGUCAGGGCCAAGCAUAUUCCGGGGUUCAAAAACGUAGUUGCUGAUGCGCUAUCCCGUUUUAAGUGGAAGGAGUUUAGGGAGCUAGCACCCAAUGCCAGACAGGAAGGUGAAUGUUGCCCUAUGCUUCUUUGGCAGAUUGGCAGCGGAUAGAAGGAAUCGAGGAACUGGUCGAAAAAGCCUUGGCACCAAGCACAUGGGCAGUGUACAGGAAAUAUUGGGGACAAUGGUGCAAGCAUAGGGAGGAGGCGAAAGGAGGGGAGGAAGGAAGAUUUUUAGAAUGGUUGAUGGCGCUGCGGAGAGAAGGUGUAAAGAAGGGGAGAUUGAGCGCAGUGUUAGCAGGGAUUUCAUACUGUUCGCAGCUAUACGGGGGAAUAGAUUGGUCCAGGAAGUUUAUAGUAAAGAAAAUCGCAAGGGCAUGGGGAAGAGGGGAAGAGAAGGAAGUGGAUAAAAGGGAACCAAUAACUGAGGUUAGAUUACAGAAAAUGAUAGGGGCACUAGAAGGGGUAUGUGCAAACAGGGACGAGGCGCUUAUUUUCAGAACGGCUUUUUUAGUAGCAUUUCACGGAGCAAUGAGGAUAGGGGAGCUGUUACCAAAAAACAGAAAAAUAGGUAAAGGGGGUGUAGAGACAGGGGAUGUCAGAUGUGGGGAAGAAGCUGUGCUAAUAUUGGUAAGACGAUCUAAAACAGACAAGGAAGGAAAAGGGGCAUGGCUAAAUAUGGCUAAAACAGGGGGGAAACUGUGUCCGGUGGCCUGUGUUAAAGAAUACCUGAUAGCAAGGAGGAAAGGGGGCCGCACAUUUCUGAGGCAUGCAGACGGUUCGGAUGUAACAAUCUUCCAGUUUAAAAGCAUAUUACAAAGGGUGGUUAAGAAAUUGGGGUGGAAAGAGGCACACAUUGCGCCGCAUUCAUUCAGAAUAGGAGCAGCGACCGCCGCAGCGGGUAGGGGUUGUUCAGAGGCACAAAUUAAGAAAUUAGGGAGAUGGAAAUCUGCAGCGUACAAAUCUUACAUAAGAGUGCAAAAGGAGUAAGGCCUUAUUAUAAAUGUUCUAACGGUUAAAUUGUUUUUUGUUUUACAGACAAAGCGUUAAGGGUGUGGAUAGUAGGGCAUUCCUACGUCUAUUGGGCACAGGCUAGGGCAGCAGCAUCGGCGCAGGGAGUAAAUUUGGGACUGUCGCACAAGGAAGUUAGCAUUAGAUGGGUAGGAAAAAGAGGCAUGAUGUGGGACGAGUUAGUGCCUACAAUACAGCUGGCAAGGAGAAGAUGGGGGUGUCCGGACGCCAUAAUUAUACAUCUGGGGGGGGAACGACAUAGGCGCUUACCCACUUAGAGAGCUAGAAGAGAAAGUUGCAGGAACAAUGAGAUGGUUGAGGGUGGCAUGGCCAUCAGUGAGGGCGAUAUGGUCCAAUAUAGUUUCGAGGAUAUUCUGGCGGAACUCGUGCACGAGCAAAGCAGGAUAUAGAUCGAGGAGAAAAGUGAACCAGGUGGCAGCAAAGGUUAUGAAGGAAAUAGGGGGUAGAGUGGUAGAGCACCCACUGAUAGCAGCGAGAAAGGAGGAGCUAUUCAGACGGGAUGGAGUGCAUCUAACGGAUGAGGGAAAUGGCCAGCUGCUGGUGGACAUCAGAGGGAUGUGCCAAGAGUUGGUAAAGACGCAGCAGAGCACGAUGCAAUAACCGGAGAGGUCACGUGAGAAGGCAGUACUUGCACGGCUAAGGGCAGGACGUUGACUAAUUGGUUGAGUCGCAGUAAGACCGCCCGUGCUCCUCAAUAAGGGGAAGAACACAGCGCAACCGAAGGGCAGCAGGUGACCUGGCGGUCUACGCUGACUGGAGGAUAGAAAACGGCAGCUGUUUUUUAACAUAGUAUUGAGCAUACAAUCGCAGCAAGCGGUGAAGUUUGUGCACGACACGUGGGCGGGGCAGAAGGGGAGGUGGGAGGAUCCCGCG